AUGGGUGCUAAAGAUGUUCUCUCCCGCAAGAGCGGUGUUAUCGUCGGUGACGAUGUCCUGAAGCUCUUCAACUACGCUCAAGAGCACAAGUUUGCUAUCCCGGCCAUCAAUGUUACCUCCUCUUCAACCGUUGUUGCUUCCCUCGAGGCUGCCCGCGAUGCCAAGUCCCCUAUUAUCCUACAAAUGUCUCAAGGUGGUGCCGCCUACUUUGCCGGAAAGGGUGUUGCCAACGGUAACCAGGAGGCUUCCAUUGCUGGUGGUAUCGCCGGUGCCCAGUACAUUCGUGCUAUUGCUCCCGCAUACGGGAUCCCAGUCAUCUUGCACACCGAUCAUUGCGCCAAGAAGCUCCUCCCAUGGUUAGAUGGUCUCCUCGAUGCGGAUGAGAAACACUUCAAGGAGCACGGCGAGCCUCUGUUCUCCAGCCACAUGAUUGAUCUGAGUGAGGAGGAGGUCGAGUUUAACAUUGAGACUACUGCUAAGUACCUUAAGCGUGCUGCCCCAAUGAAGCAGUGGCUCGAGAUGGAAAUCGGUAUCACUGGUGGUGAGGAAGAUGGUGUCAACAACGAGGAUGUUGACAACAACUCCCUCUACACCCAACCAGAGGAUAUCCUUGCCAUCUACAAGGCCCUACAGCCAAUUUCCCCAUACUUCUCCAUUGCCGCUGGUUUCGGAAACGUCCACGGUGUUUACAAGCCUGGAAACGUCAAGCUCCACCCAGAGCUUCUCGGCAAGCACCAGAAGUUUGUCAAGGAUGCCAUAGGAGCCAAGGAAGACAAGCCAGUCUUCUUGGUCUUCCACGGAGGAUCUGGAUCUUCAAAGCAAGAGUUCUUGGAUGCUAUCAGUUACGGUGUUGUGAAGGUCAACCUCGACACCGACCUGCAGUACGCAUACUUGACUGGUAUCAGGGAUUACGUUCUCAACAAGAAGGACUACAUUUUGUCUCAAGUAGGAAACCCAGAUGGUGCGGAUAAGCCAAACAAGAAGUUCUUCGACCCCAGAGUUUGGGUUCGUGAGGGUGAGAAGACGAUGUCUACACGUGUUACUGAGGGUCUCAAGGACUUCAACACUGCCGGGCAAUUGUAA